CAAGCCCAUCCAUCGAGAGGAACGCAGACUUCUCGAGAAAUUUCAGUAUCCGCAGCAUCUCCAGCUUUGUCGCUUUUACGUAUGAAGCCUCACGGGCCCGAUGGGAACAAUGAAGAUCAUCAUCUACAACGGGGUGACAUGGAACCGCAAGUCUUCCCCCAACGAUGGGUGCAGCUGGCAUAUCUUUCCGCGCUCGCUUUGCUUUCCGAUUGGAUUUGCUUUGCCACCGCCGCCACACCGGGGGUAUACGAACGCGCCUUUGGACAUUCCUCCGCUUCGUUGAUUGACAUCUUUUUGUUCACCAACGUGGCGACCUGCUUCUUGGUCACGGACAUUGUCAAUCGCUUUGGCUUACAAAAAGCCAUUCAAGGAGCCGCAGUGCUCAUGAUGGUAGGCUGUUGGCUGCGAUCCGGCGUUUCCUUUUUACCUUUUGUGCCGGAAGACUUGCAUUUGGUCAGCUACCCCGUCGUAGUCUUUGGAACGAUCCUGGUGGGCGCCGCCCAACCAUUCUUUCAGUGCACGCCCCCUUUGCUUUCCGCCUUGUGGUUCGCCUCUAGUGAACGCGCCACUUCCACCGCCGUGGCCCUUAAUUUUAAUCAAAUUGGCAUCGCUACCGCCUUUUUGGUCGGUGGUGCUAUGGCGGUCGACAGUGUUGGUCUAGCCAACUACUUUGGACUCAUUGCCGUUCUAUGUACCGUCGUGACGGCCGGUACGCUGCUACAAUUCGAAGACGAACCCCUCGUGCCGCCGUCGGCUUCGGAAAUGGAAAAAUUACUAGCGGGCGAGAAGGAACCACCAUUUCUCGAGUCGGUGCAGAAAUUUUUCAAAACUCCCGGAUUUACCAAGGCAUUGGCCGCCUUUGUCUGCUCCAUUUCCAUCACCAAUAUUGUUGGCGCUUUUAUCGACGAGAUCAUGACGCGCGGUGGAAUAAUAGACCAAUUAUCGAUUGAUUUGGCUGGUGCAGGUUUCGAGUUCGCCAUUUUGUUUGGUGGGAUCCUUAUUGGGGGUUAUGUUGAUCGCAGUAAAGAAUACAAAAAGAUUAGCAUGAUCUGUUUGGCCGCCACGGCCUUGCUUGUGAUCCCACUCGGCUUGACUGUCGGUGGUAUUGGCACGCAACCGGUGUUGUUGUUGGCAAGUUUGCUGGGACUCGGGAUGGCGGCGGGUCCCGUCCAGCCGAUCAACGCCGAGCUAGCCGUUGACGUGACGUAUCCCGGAGACGAAACAGCCGUGGAAUCUGUCCAGCAAAUUGGUGGUAAUCUGUUUUCCGCUCUUAUCAUUCCGAUUGUCGAGCUUGCGGCUAAACAAGAGUAUGACACGUUCGGGGUCGGUUCGAUUCACGGAGAUUCCGUGUUGUUGUCUUUUAUCGCCGCGUCAACGAUAGCGUACUUUGCAACCUUCAAUGCACCACUCCGACGAAGUAUAGCGGACGAAAAGAAGCGAGACGAUCCCGUUCCGGCUCUAGAGUCUGUCGCUGCUGGUGCCAGAACGAACUCGGAGUACAUAGGUAGUCCAAUGGAGAGUCUGAACAACGAAGAAGUGUUACCACCGCCCGCCGAAGCAACUUCGCGAUCGCCGUCACCGGAGGACAGUAGAAACGAAAAAUCGUCACAGUGA